AGCCAAGGGAGGAGAGCCCAACCACUCCGGCGACGUUGUUUCUUCCCUCCAGCAAGUCGACAGUCCAGCAGAUUUCUUCUCUCCACCAGAUUUCUCCAUCACAGUGAAAAACAGAAGAGUAUGGUGGAUUAUCAAGAAAUGGAGAAGUUUGGGAUGGAGAACGAUUACGAAGACGGUCAGUGGAUUGGUGGGGAAUUUUACUACCGGAAGCGAAAAGACAAACGCCUUCAGACCAAAGACGACGUCCUCUAUGGUGUCUUUGCCUCUGAUGACAGUGACUCUGACAACGGGGGAGGCUCUAGUUCAAGGAAGCGAAGGAAAGAUCUCUCUAAGAAAUCGGACUUCACCAAGCCUGUCAAUUUCGUAUCCACUGGCACUGUCAUGCCCAACCAAGAAAUUGAUGACAAUUUGAAAGAGGAGAAUGUUGAUGCUGCUGAGGAGGAGAACAAGACUUCUAGUUUGGGGCUCGGAGCAUCCAGCUCUGGGUCUUCUGGCCUAGGCUUUCAUUCCAGUGCUUCCAGGAUUGCAGUGGUUGAAAAUGGAGCCGACCAAGAAGAUGAUGGAGAUGUCUUUCUACCAACAGCUUUUUGAAAGAAGAUCAGGGAAGGCGCAGAGCGGCGCCGUGAGAGGGAAAAGGAGAAGUCCAGAUUGGCCAAGAAAGCCACCCAAGUGGGAAGGAGAGAACCGGAGCUUGGUGGUGUUGGUCGAUUUGAGGAGCACACCAAAGGGAUCGGGAGAAAGUUACUUGAGAAGAUGGGUUACAAAGGAGGUGGGCUUGGUAAAAACGAGCAAGGUAUUGUUUCUCCUAUUGAGGCUAAGUUGCGGCCAAAGCUUAUGGGAAUGGGUUAUGGAAAGUCUGAUUUGCCAGCAUUGCAGGAAGUAGAGGAGAAGAAGUCGUUGCCUAAUGUGGCUAAGGCCAUGGAGGGUCUCUCAAAAGAGAAGCUUUGGUCAAAGCAAGGUCGGCAGAAUAAGAAGGUCUAUGUUACGGCAGAAGAGUUGUUGGCCCAGAAGCAAGAGCAGGGCAUGGAAGUUGUUCAGAAGGUUUUUGAUAUGAGAGGACCGCAGGUUCGUGUUUUAACAAAUUUGGAGAACUUGGAUGCUGAAGAGAAAGCAAAGGAAAACGAUGUCCCCAUGCCUGAGUUUCAGCAUAACGUGAGAUUGAUUGUUGACUUAGCAGAGCUUGAUAUACAGAAAAUAGAUCAAGAUUUGAGAAACGAGAGGGAGACUGUGGUUACAUUGCAAAAGGAGAAGGAGAAGCUUCAAAUUGAUGCGGCUCGCCAAAAGAAACAGCUGGAUAGUACGGAAGAAAUAGUUAGUGUGUUGGACCAGAUUGGCACAGAGAAUUCAUUGGGAAAAUUGACUCUCGACUCCCUUGCAAAGUCAUUUGGGGACUUGCAGAGGAGAUAUGCUGAAGAUUACAAACUUUGUAAUUUGUCAUGCAUUGCUUGCUCAUUUGCUCUGCCUUUGUUUAUUCGAGUAUUUCAGGGAUGGGACCCACUUCAAAAUCCAAAACAUGGAUUGGAAGUGAUGUCAUUGUGGAAGAAUUUGUUGCAGGGUGAAGAUUGCUUUGAUUUCUCUGAUGCAGCCUCACCCUACACUCAGCUGUUUAUGGAAGUUGUGUUCCCUGCUGUGAGGAUAACUGGCACCAAUACUUGGCAGGCUAGGGACCCUGAACCCAUGCUUCAUUUUUUGGAGUCUUGGGAAAGGCUGCUGCCUCCUUCCAUCCUCCAGAGUAUAUUGGACAAUGUAGUUUUGCCAAAAUUAUCAGCUGCUGUGGAGUCAUGGGAGCCACGUCGGGAAACUAUUCCUAUCCAUUCGUGGGUGCAUCCAUGGCUACCAUUAUUGGGACAGAAGUUGGAGGCUCUCUAUCAUACAAUACGUAAUAGAUUGGAAAGCGUUCUUCAUGCUUGGCAUCCUAGUGAUAUGUCUGCCUACUAUAUAUUGUCACCGUGGAAGACUGUGUUCGAUCCAACCAGCUGGGAAAAACUAAUGGUCCGAUAUAUCAUUCCAAAAUUGUUGACUGUCAUGCAUGAUUUUGAAAUAAAUCCAGCAGAUCAGAAACUUGAUCCGUUCUAUUGGAUUCGAACUUGGGCCACUGCCAUUCCCAUUCACCAUAUGGUUCCGUUAAUGGACGUGUUCUUCAACAAGUGGCAAGAAGUUUUGUAUCAUUGGUUAUGCUCUAAUCCAAACUUUGAACAAGUGACCCAAUGGUAUUUGGGUUGGAAGGAACUUCUUCCACCCGAGCUUCUGGCAAAUGAACACAUUCGAUAUCGGCUUAAUUUGGGUUUGGACAUGAUGAAUCAGGCUGUUGAAGGCAUGGAGGUGGUCCAACCUGGUUUGAGAGAGAACAUUAGUUAUCUCAGGGUGCUUGAACAAAGGCAAUUUGAGGCUCAGCAAAAAGGAGCUGCGCAAGCUCAACAACGAACUUCUGCAAGCGUAGGUAGUGUAACCCAGAUGGAGGGCUUGGGUGGCGGGCUAGAGAUGAGCUUGAAAGAAGUUAUUGAAGUCCAUGCACAGCAGAAUGGUUUGCUAUUUAAGCCUAAACCCGGCAGAAUGCAAGAUGGUCACCAGAUUUAUGGCUUUGGUAACAUAAGCAUAAUAAUAGACUCUCUCAAUCAAAAAGUAUUUGCACAAACUGAGGAUAGGUGGUCUUUAGUUUCCCUCGAGCGGCUGCUAGAACUUCAGAGUCUUUCUGGCUUAAAGCGACGCUGAAUUUUUAAAAUUCUCUUGCAAUGUUCUUGGGAUUGAGAAGCACUCUGUGCUGACACAGUGCAGGGAUUAAGGCUGCACAGAUUGUGGUAAUAGCAUAUUUAGUUUCUCUUCGAACUUUCAGCUUGUCUCUUGCGGCUUUAAAUUUCUGUUGUAACUGAUGACAAUUGCACUACUAAUUUCCCCCGUUUUUGGGUGUCAAUGUAUAUCUCGCAGCGCAUAACUUAUCAACAUUUUGAAUCGAGAAGCUAUUCCCUAGGAAUUCAAUUUCUAAUAGUUGUCUAAUUAUUUUUGUUAGUUGUAUGUGGGUUAAAUUGAGGGAUCUGAUGUUUGUGAUGUGCAAAGGUGAUAAUGAAAGCAUUGACCAUUUAUUUUCAAAUUGUAUUGUGGGAUAAGUUGCUUAACUUGGUGGGUUUGAA